GUCUGGUUUUGUACAGAAGGCCCUUAAAGUAAACCCAGGUGACUCACAGAGAUCGGCCCCUCCCAUAAGCACACAGAACAAUCAGAGCAAAGCACUACUAAUGGCAUCCAGCGCUAAUUUGAAUAGUACAGGUGCUGCGGCGGCACACCCAACGACGUCCGAGAAACAGCCUUGGCCCAAUACGAAGGAUGACUACGAAUUGCGCGAUGUGAUCGGCGUUGGCGCGACUGCUGUCGUGCAUGCCGCACUAUGCCUGCCACGUAACGAGAAAUGCGCCAUCAAGCGCAUCAAUCUGGAGAAGUGGAACACUUCUAUGGAUGAAUUGCUCAAAGAGAUACAGGCGAUGUCGUCCUGCAAUCACGAAAAUGUCGUAACCUAUUACACAUCGUUUGUGGUGCGCGAGGAGUUGUGGCUGGUGUUGCGUCUGCUCGAGGGCGGCUCACUGCUGGACAUUAUCAAACACAAAAUGCGCACUUCGAAUUGCAAGCAUGGCGUCUUCGAUGAAGCGACCAUCGCUACAGUUUUGAAAGAGGUACUCAAAGGUCUUGAGUAUUUCCACUCGAACGGACAGAUACAUCGUGACAUCAAGGCGGGUAAUAUACUGAUUGGUGAUGAUGGUACUAUACAAAUUGCUGACUUUGGCGUUAGCGCUUGGCUAGCAACCGGACGUGAUCUGUCGCGCCAGAAGGUGCGUCACACGUUCGUGGGCACACCAUGUUGGAUGGCGCCCGAGGUCAUGGAACAGGAUCAUGGCUAUGACUUUAAAGCCGACAUUUGGUCAUUUGGCAUCACCGCUAUCGAAAUGGCAACUGGCACCGCACCCUACCACAAGUAUCCACCCAUGAAGGUGUUGAUGCUGACGUUGCAGAACGACCCGCCCACACUGGACACCGGCGCUGAUGAGAAGGAUCAAUACAAGGCAUACGGCAAGACAUUCCGAAAAAUGAUUGUUGAGUGUCUGCAAAAGGAGCCCUCGAAGCGACCCACCGCCAGUGAACUGCUGAAGAAUGCCUUCUUCAAGAAGGCCAAAGAUCGUAAAUAUCUCACGCAAACACUGCUCGCCACUGGUCCAUCUAUGGAGACGCGCGUACACAAAGCCGCGAAACGGCAACCGGGCGCCUCCGGUCGACUACAUCGCACCGUCACCGGCGAAUGGGUGUGGUCGAGUGAAGAGGAAGACAACGGCGGCAAGCAUCACUCCUCAGACUCAGAAUCUGACGAUCGACCCAUCAAUCGUCUCGAACAUGCCGACUCAUCAGAUAGCGAACAUGAUGACUACUCGGAGACUACAGCAACCGCAACGGAACCUGCACCGCAAUCCGCAAUCGUGAAUGCACCAACAACAACAACAACAGCAGCUGUGAAUAUACCAACAACAGCAACAGCCGCUGUAAAUAUACCAACAACAGCAACAGCAGCGGUUAAUAUACCAACGCCUGCUGCAGCUUACGCACAGCCAGCAGAUUCUGCGAUAGCACAAGCCAUGGCCGGAGUGGCGCAAAUGCCGAUGCCCUCAUCGUUGGUGCCAGAUGUCGGUGAGGCACCGCCGGUCAAUCUUGUGCUGCGCAUGCGCAACCAGCGACGCGAAUUACACGAUAUACGCUUUGAGUUUGCAGUAGGCAAAGACUCUGCCGAAGGCAUUGCCAUGGAGUUGGUCGACGCCGGACUCGUCGACGCGUUGGACACGCAACCAAUGGCUGUGCAUCUGCAACAACUGAUUGACCAACGCGCCGCGCUCAAAACUAUCACGUUCCAAUUGAACUCUGGCGUGCAGCCGGGUGAAGUGCUCGACGAUCGCUCACUGGUGGGGUAUGCACAGAUAUCGAUAACAGAUUAGGAGGAACCGGGGGUGAACGAAUCAGCGGAAAGUGACGUUAAAGACACAAAAAACUAUUAGCGUUAAAAUGGCCGACUAUUUCGAAGACAUGGGUCACGAACCGACAGGCGCCGACGGUCCUAAUGAUUUUGCCAAACAUUUCAAGCGCCUG